CGACUAUAUAUUUCAUACAUAGCCACAAAUAGUUAUAUUUGAAUUUGUUGAAAAGUAAUGAUUUUUAGAGCUCGGAGAAGAAAUUGGCCUACAAAUAAUUUAAUUAUGUGAAAUUGUAUAAAAUAAAUUGGAAACUUGGAUUAUCUGCAGUAACUUUUAUUCAUUUUAUCCGCGAGAAAAUCGUUUUUAACUUAAUUUUCGAUUCAGGUUAGUUCUGGUUAAUUCUGGUUCGAGUGGAUUUUCAGACAAACACAUUUUGCCGAUAGAACUAAAACAAGUCAGUAUCGGCUGUAAAACCUAUCCCCUACACAGGGUUGUCGUUACUCGAAAAAUAGAAUGAUUGGUGAAUUUUAAAGCGCUAAAAUGAGUUUGAAUCCUGAAGACGAAAGGCGGUUGCGCCGGAACUGGAGUUUAUUGAAGCAGGAACUGCGUGUUGAUGAUUUCGUGCAUAAGUUUGUAGAGAAUGGUGUUUUCCCGCCAACUCUGAGAGGCGAUAUAGCCAGUGUAAUACCAAAUACGCCUAGCAUGAAAGCUGAGAAGUUUCUGAAUUGUGUUAUUUCCUGUGGAAACCAUGGCUACCAGACUUUAUGCCAGUUUAUCCGUAACAAUCCGGACAAUCGAUACAGCCGGGUAAUGGAAGCUUUGCAAAUAUAUCCCGCAGUUAACCCUGUCGGAAACCAGGCCAACACUGUGUCUGGUGGCGCGGGCAGCACUGUCAGAAAUGUUGAAGUUGCGCAGCAAGAUUCUAGACCAUCAACAGCUGUGUCGUCCACGAGCAGUGGAACCAUUAACAGCGAAACCGGGGAAAGAAACCGUAGAGUUCGUAACGUCACCACUGACAACUGUCAACCUAACGGCGGUGCUGCCCCAGUAGCAACAGUGGCGCCGACUGUAACCGUUAUGCAGAGUAAUAUUCCUUUAGGUGGCUCUAACGCAGCUGCUGGACGGCGUUCGAGUACUGGAGAAAGUUCAGAAACGGGUGGGCCAAGGGUGCUAUACGCAGAGUCGACACUCGGUACCCAAAGUGAAAUGUCCCUUCAGUCAUUUAGCUCAACGUCCACCGAUAACCAGACGGUUUCAACUCCUCAAGUCAACAAGAACACACUUACUGCACAGUUAACCAAAAACGGAAAUGCAGCACUUACAAAUAGCCAACAGAAAAGCCAAAGUGUUACAAACCAAGCCGUUAGUUCUGGAAAAGACACACCUUUAGAUAUGCAUAUUCUUGAACAAGAACUCGUCCGAAUGGCACCAGCUAUCGCAGACCUUUUCAAGAAAAUUGCAAAACAAACAAGUAGCGUCCCGACUUCAGAGGAAGAACUGCAAAAGGUGAAAGAUGAAAAUGAGCGUUUAAGAAAAACAAACAAAUCACUUAUAGAAAAACUGAACACAUUUCAGCAGAAGAUAAUUCAGUUACAACUUGACAAUAAGAAGCUGAAAGAAAAUGGUGAUACAACUCGGGCAAAGAAAGAAGAGCUAAGUGUAAAAGCGAGCGAGCUUCAAGACAUGGAGCGAAGACUUGAUGAACACAAGAAAGCGCUCGAAGAGAAAGAGGAAGAAUUAAACACACAACUGUUGAAACUAAAAGAAAUUGAAGAAGAAAAUGAAAUGCAGAGAGAAAAGAUAGACAAACUGGAGGAACUGCAAGAUGAAGGUAUUGUGGAGCGAAACAUUCAACAGGAGCAGAUUUCAACUUUAGUUGAAGAGAAAGAGAGACAAAGGGAUCAGAUUGACACCCUUGAGGAACAACAGAAGAUCGGAGAACAAAGGCUGUUGCGUCUCGAACAGCGACUCAACCAGUUAGAGCAAGGACCAAGACGCCAGGGAAGGAACAGACGGGUUAUGUCUCCUCCAAGAAAUAACCACUGGAUGAACGGUUAUGUUGACCGGUCGCAUCACGCCAACGUGAAGUUUCAGUCGGAAAUAAAAUUCAACCUUGACCGCGACGGCAAAAGGACAUCAUCACAAGGAAAGGCCGGGUGGCCUUUUAUCUAAUCAUUGCGUGUAUGUAUACUUUCUGAAUAACAGAGGAUUUACUGUAACAGACAAGGACAUACUAGCUGGCAUUGUGUACAUGAUAACACAGAGGUUUCUCAGUAAUAAAGCAGGAACUUUAGCCGAUGCUUUUAUAAACAGGAUGCAUUUUCUUAAGAACAUGUUCUUUAUGAAUAACAGCGAGAAUAUUUCUGUAUUUAUAGGCCUACCUAUCUAAAACUGCUGCCGAAGGAAAAAUCAUUUUCUUGUAGACUUGAAGAGUUUUCGAGUUCAUAUAGCAAAAGAAAUAACCGAUACUAUUCAUACAGUUAAUUGGCUAAUAUUCGCCAUCGUUUGAUUUUCACUAAAUAUUUAUAAAUUCAGAAUACAUGGAAUUCCUUAAAUUUCGUUGGAAACUAACUUUCGCGGAUUUCAUAAUUGACUAAAUUGAGACAAUCCAUGAACUUUAAUCCAAAACGAACAGUCAAAAUUCCCAUUCACAUUAUCUUCAAAAUUUGAAAUCCACAUUUGAAAUUUCCUGUCUCCAAGAAAUAGCCAUUUUGGUCAUAACAACGAAACUUCAUGCUCACGAAAUUAAAAGAGUUUACAGUAGUCGUGAAUGUUAUAACAUAUAAGCAUUAUAAGCUAGAAAGCGCGAAUUCUUAUCAAUGUCAAUGGCUGUUGACAUGAAAGUGACGCGAAAGAUACUAUAGUAGGAUUUCACCUGCCUGCUUUAGCGAUUUGUAAACUCUAAGUAAAUUCUAAUUAUUGAAUUGAUUUUGAACAAGGUAUUUGAUAUCACUAGGAAAUCUUCGAGUGAUGAUUUAUACUUUAUUGAUUAAUUCCUCUUAACUCGCGUCAAUUCGUUUAUUUUCUGCAUAUUUACAGUAAGGCAGCAGGAAUGUUUCAAAAUUACGGCAUGUAUAUAAAAAAUCUCCGUGAAUCAUUUUCGUUUUAUCUUGUAAGUUACAAUAACCUAAAUAUGACACACCUGUCUAAAUUUUGAAAGAAAAGAGAGAGAGAUGAAGAUAUGCUGUGAUAAAAGUUGAUAUAUGUUUGUUUCAGUGUAAAAUCGAAAUAUAUUUAACCGAAUGAACACCAGA